UCCCCCGUUUCCUAUUGGCCGGAGCAAAUCCGGGCCCCGCCUCUUCCUCCUGCACCGGAAGUGACGGCUAGAGCAGAGCCAGCGGCUGUGCGAUGACAUUUUGGCUUUAGGCGGCCGGUGGCAGAGAGACGGGAGAGGUCGGGGAUGCGCUAGGCCGCCGCUCCACGGAGGGGGCCGGCCACUGAUUGACCGACCGAGCGAGCCGUACAUGCCAGUAUUUACUGCUACUAAGCAACGUGACCAGAAGUCUUCCAUGAUUUGAAAGCCAGUGGGGAAUUGCACACUUGACAUGAAGAUGGAGGCGGUUGGCAAGGAUGAACAGCUUCUAGACUCUGAAGUGCCUCCUCAUGUCACCCAACAGACAGCGGACUCUCAGGCUGAAGAUGGAGCACUAGACAUUCAGCCGCCAUCCCUGAAAGAUGAUGCACAAGAUGUCCCGGACUCUUCAGGGUUGUCCUCCAUGCCUUGCCUGCUAAUGGAACUGAGAAGGGACUCUUCGGAGUCCCAGCUUGCGUCUACUGAAAGCGACAAGCCCAUGGCUGGCCGGGUGUACGAGAGUGACUCUUCCAACCACUGCAUGCUCUCCCCUUCUUCCAGCGGACACUUGGCCGACUCUGACACAUUGUCUUCCGCAGAAGAGAACGAGCCACGACGCACCGAAGCAAUAACCGAAGGCUGCGACGCUGCCGGCCAAGGAGCUGCCAUAGCACGCAAGUCUCGGAGAUCCCGGUCGGAGAGCGAAACAUCCACUAUGGCUGCCAAGAAAAACCGUCAGUCCAGCGACAAGCAAAACGGUAGAGUUACCAAGAUCAAAGGUCACAGAAGCCAAAAGCACAAAGAGAGAAUUCGGCUAUUAAGGCAGAAGAGAGAGGCGGCCGCACGCAAGAAGUACAACUUGCUGCAGGACAGUAGUACGAGCGACAGCGAUCUUACCUGCGACUCGAGUACAAGCUCCUCAGACGAUGAUGAGGAGGUUUCAGGGAGCAGUAAGACAAUCACAGCCGAGAUUCCAGACGGACCACCGGUCGUCACCCAUUAUGACAUCUCUGACACAAACUCCGACCAGGAUGUGCUGAACGUGGAUAACAUGCUGGCUGCAACGGCUGUCAAAGAGCAUAACUCUGUAACCAAGCAGGACGCUCCGCCGCCGACAUGGCGCACAAGGGGGCUGCUGGAAGAACUGAACGCAGAAUUUGGCCAGUUGGAUCAGGGCCUGGCGUUAUGUGAUAAGUUACCCCCUAGUGCCGGGAAGAAUGAUGACGAAAUUAACCUUGCAUCAUCGGGCAGCGAGGUAGAGAUAGUCGGGGUUCAGGAACAUGCAAGGUUCGUCCACCCGCGGGGUGGUGUUAUACAGAGUGUGUCUUCCUGGAAGCAUGCGGCCGGCUCCCAAUAUCACAGCUCGCACGAAACGCCAUCAUGGACAAGCAUGAACCCCCAGCAGAACUGGACUUCCCCCCCAGAAGUAGUUGACCUAACUCUGGAUGAUGAUUCAAGACGCAAAUAUCUACUGUAACGUUGACUCCUGCCCGUUUCUUUCCCGCCAUCUUCCCGCUGCACACCUGUUCCUAGUAACGUAUCAGACGGUCUUUUCCAGGAACGCGUCUUUUGGAACGAUCCAUUGGUUACCAGGGAUAAUGGUAACGUCUAUUUGAUCAUUUUCCAAGCGGCCAGCCAAAUACGUGCAGCUUUCUGCCCUUACUCCCCACUGAUUCACCUGCUCCAGAAUGAUCACAACAUGCCGCACUUUCCACAUUCAGUCGUCCCCCCAGCCUGUUUUUUUAAAUGCAAAUUAAUUUAAAUGCAUUGUUUAAAAGAAGAAAAAAUAAUAUAUGCAUAAUUAUUUAUACUGUAUUGUUAAGCGAUUAAAACGAGUAAGGAUACAUCCAUCGGAGCAGCCGCAAGUUGGUUGGUUGCUUCAGGAAUUUUAGUUCAGGGAUUAUUUAAAGUGUACCCAUGGGACACUCUCGUACACACAGCAGAGGCAUCCAAUUGGCGGGCGAGGCCGAUAUUGAGCUCCUCGUGCCUCAGAGGUGUCAGUAGUUCCUCAUGAGUUGAUAGGCCGAUAUAGUGGGCAGUCAACCAAUAGAACGGCUGCCUCUUAUCUUGUGUGUGCGAUACACUUUCAUCGUGGAGUUUGUGUGGUCACCCGAGUGUCGUGUAGAACCUAUACCUGGAGAUCACAGGCACAUAGCUAUCCCCCUUGUGUGUUGUGUUACGCCCGCCGCAAGCGCAGCCACCGGAGCCAGGAGCGGUGGUCUGCGUCCAGUUGUCCUCACUGUUACACAAAGGUCUCUUUCUGUGGAAGAGGCAGAUACGUUUUACAGAACAAAGACUGUUCUCUAGUGGGCUCGCCGGGCUCCAUUCUUUAUCACACGGGGGUCAUUGCUUUCGUUCCUUCGCUUCCUACGACAGACGCGGGCACUGUGUGCGGAGAUCAGAAGCUUUUGUUCUUAUCCCUGUUACUCCUUUGUUAAAGUGAACCUGUCACCUAGGCAUCAACCCGGAACUGCGCUGGCGUUCCACCACCUCCUUACAGCGCCACCCUCCCUUCUUACAGCCGUAUGUAGUGAUUCGUAUGCCACUGUGUGUAUGAUGUGAUGUUAUAGAGGGGGAGCAGUGUAUGGAAGGCAGCAGCUUGCCCCACACACACAUGUACUGUAAUGCUGACUCCUAGCACGCACAUGUAUGAUCUGUGUGUGACUAGUAUGUGAUGUACCCUCCCUUACAUGUAUGAGGACAAGGUCCGCCUGUCCGCUCCACUUGUGUAGGGUAUGUCUAAAUAACAUGUAAAUAACAAAUAACAAGAGGAUAGGUUCUGCCUAUCAGCCCCAUGUAUGUAGCGUACAGAAGGAAUAUGAGAGGGCCCCUUACAUGUAUGAGGAAAGAAUCUGCUGAUAGGCUCCGUGUGGCUCUGUCUCCUCUCUCCCCCCCCAUAUCUCUCCUAUGUCCAGGGCGGCCAAUCCCAGGAUUGGGAUCUCGGGAUUUAGGCAUAAAAUUGGCUGGGAUUCAGUCCCGGGAUUGGAGCUUCUAAUCCCGGGGAUUUCAGGAUUAGAAAGCUCCUUGUAUUUUCAGUGUCGGGCAGCGUUGAGCGUCCUCAGGAGGCUCAGACGCUGCCGGCUCCACCGGCCCAGCGUGACGGGAAGUCAGAGGUCACGCUGCGCAGCCAGCCGCCUGUCACUUGCCGCACGGACGUUGACUAACCCGGAGGAAGUUUGCGCAGGCAGCUGCCCGUCACCCACCGCACCCGGAGGAAGUGACCAACCCUCCCGUCCGUGUGGUAUGGGGAGUUAUGUGUGUGGGGCGGCGGUCACACAGAAAACAAGCCUAUACUGGGAAUCCCGGGAUUGACCAUUUUUCAAUCCCGAUAUCCGGGAUUGAAAAAAUUACCCAGGAUUGGCUACCCCUAACCCCCAUUUCUUCUCUCUAUCUCUCUCCCCCCAUCUCUCCUCUCUCUCCACCCAUCUCUCCUCUCCUCCCCCCAUCUCUCCUCUCCUCCCCCCAUCUCUCCUCUCUCCCCCCAUCUAUCCUCUCUCCCCCCAUCUAUCCUCUCUCCCCCCAUCUCUCCUCUCUCCCCCCAUUUCUCCCUCUCCCCAUCUAUCCUCUCCUUCCCCCAUCUCUCCUCUCUUUCCCCCAUCUCUCCUCUCUUUCCCCCAUCUCUCCUCUCUUUCCCCCAUCUCUCCUCUUUCCCCCAUCUCUCCUCUUUCCCCCAUCUCUCCUCUUUCCCCCAUCUCUCCUCUUUCCCCCAUCUCUCCUCUCUCUCCCCCAUCCAUCCUCUCUCUCCCCCAUCCAUCCUCUCCUCUUUCUUCCUCCAUCCUCUCCUCUUUCUUCCUCCAUCCAUCUCUCCUUUCUCUUCCCCCAUCCAUCUCUCCUUUCUCUUCCCCCAUCCAUCUCUUCUCUGUUCCCCCCAUCUCUCCUCUCCCCCAUCUUUCCUCUCUCCUCUCUCUCCCCCAUCUCUCCUCUCUCUCCCCCCAUCUCUCCUCUCUCUCCCCCCAUCUCUCCUCUCUCUCCCCCCAUCUCUCCUCUCUCUCCCCCCAUCUCUCCUCUCUCCUCUCUCUCCCCCAUCUCUCCUCUCUCUCCCCCCAUCUCUCCUCUCUCCUCUCUCUCCCCCAUCUCUCCUCUCUCUCCCCCAUCUCUCCUCUCCCCCCAUCUCUCCUCUCCCCCAUCUCUCCUCUCCCCCAUCUCCCCCCAUCUCUCCUCUCCCCCAUCUCCCCCCAUCUCUCCUCUCUCUCCCCCAUCUCCCCCCAUCUCUCCUCUCUCUCCCCCAUCUCUCCUCUCCCCCAUCUCUCCUCUCCCCCAUCUCUCCUCUCCCCCAUCUCCCCCCAUCUCUCCUCUCCCCCAUCUCUCCUCUCCCCCAUCUCCCCCCAUCUCUCCUCUCCCCCAUCUCUCCUCUCCCCCAUCUCUCCUCUCCCCCAUCUCUCCUCUCUCCCAUCUCUCCUCUCCCCCAUCUCCCCCCAUCUCUCCUCUCCCCCAUCUCUCCUCUCCCCCAUCUCUCCUCUCCCCCAUCUCCCCCCAUCUCUCCUCUCUCUCCCCCCAUCUCUCCUCUCCCCCUAUUUCUCCCUCUUUUCUCUUUCCCUCUCCCCAUCUAUCCUCUCCUUCCCCAUCUAUCCUAUCUCUCUCUCCCCAUCUCUCCUCUCUCCCAUCUCUCUCGCUCUCCCCUCCUUUAUCUCUCCCCUCUAUCUCUACUCUCCUACCCUAUCUCUCCUCUUUCUCUCCCCAUCCCCAUGUAAAUUUGUGUGAAGGUAGCAGGUUCACUUAACAAUCCGUCAUCAAUUUCUGUUUUUUUGUGUUUUUUUUUUUUUUUUUAAAUGCCAUUGCCCUUCUCCCAGACUUAUACAGUGCGCAGAAUCCCGUUCUGCUUAGGCAGUAUACUUCCAGAACACAGGGGCAAUACCAUUCUCACUGCAUGGAGGUCCAAACAUUUCACUGGUCUGAAGAUCCAAUGACCUAAGAUGUGUGACCAGUUCCACCACUGUCCUAUAUGCACGUAGAAGCUUCUUUCUCUUCCCUCUUUGUGUCUACUUCUCACCGGCAUCGAAGGGAAUACCGUAACCAUUCUACAGAGAAUAUGUCCGUAUGCUGGUUAUUUUAAGUACACCUUGUUUGGUUUCUUUGGCUACGCAAAUACUGAAAACACAUACUUCCGUGUAAUGCCGAAACAUGGUCAUGCUACCCGCUUUCGGCUCUGGUGCCUCGCCUGUACAUACGUGAGCACAAGAUGGCUGACCAGGACCUGUAGAUGCAAUGAACUCACAAGUACAAGACAAUUUUACAGUGUGUCUAACUAGGCUUCCUACCACUUGUGCACUGUUUUAUUAUUUCAGAUUAUUAUGUAUUUUAGUCUGUUGCUGUUUUAAUUUUUAUUUAAGACACUACUUUGUAUUUCUUUUAACAGGUUUUAUGUUGUUCAAGAUUAGCUCGAGCAAUCACUGGAUGUCUGUGGGUGUUUGGAGACGUAACGAUGCCUAGCUUUAAUAUGUUUUUCCUUCCCAUUUUAAUUUUAUUUAUUCACUUUCUUUAAAAACAAAAUAAAAAAUAUUCUGUAGAGCCAUUGUAUGGCUUAAAGGUUAUAUACACUUAUUGACUGUUUAAACAUAAAAUAGUAACGGUAACCUACACACAGUGGAUGCACCGCCAUGGCGGCCCUGCCCAGUAUUCUUGAGAAUGAAGUCUGUACAUUCGUUAGGAAAUAGCAACAUCAUUGAGGCAUGAGGUAUGUGGCGCCUCAGUGAUGUCUCUGCUUCCUAAUAAAUCAAUAGGCCUUAAGCCCCAGUGACGUCACUGCUACCUAGUGGUAUAAUAAGGCGGCCUUCUUAUAACCAUCAGCUCUCACUGGCUGCCUGCCUGCCUUUUCUGUAGUCAACACGGACUCUUAUUGCAAUGACAAAUCAGAACACCAGUUGCAUUGUAAACUGGGUGUCUUCUCUUUAUAUAUGCUGUUUUGUUUUUUUAACUUUGUCUUGCAGGUUAGUUUUUCGAUGUCUCCUUUUUCCACUUCGAUACGUGAUAGUUACAUAUCUCAGUAUUUCACUGCACUUUGUAACCUCUCAAAUCUGAAGUGGUCAGGGUACAAAAUACAGUUUUAUUUUCUUUUUCUUCUCUUUUUUUUUUUUUUUAAUCACUUCCAUUCUCAUCUAGAUUUGGUUAUCGGGAUAGGGAGGGGAAGAAAUAAGAGUGUUAUUAUAAAUACAUAUAUUUUUUGGUGCGAGACGAAAAAAUUUCUGUUUUUUGAAACGAGUCUGUAGAAUAAAAGUUACAACUAUUUUAAGACCGAAUAAAAUAGAGUGAAUUAUUUAAAGAA